AUGGCGGACGACAAGACGAAGAAAUCCCCUCCCGGGUCGAAACCGUCCUCUCCGGGAAAGUCCCCUAGCGGUUCGAAGUCGCCGACGACUGGAAAAUCCCCUCCCAGAAAGUCCCCUCCCGGCUCAGAAGCAUCCAGCCCGCCGAAGGCAGGAAGUGACCCGCUGUCUUCGACUUCGGGUGGCAUUCUACCGGCCGAGCAUUGGGCGCAGUACCCGGUUGAUGACGACGCCGAGUCGGCGCUUGGGGAGUCAAUAAAUACGUCCACUGCCUCCAUCUCGUCGAGUAUUUUGAAUUAUAGGACUCUCCAUGGACGGCGUUUCCACAGCGAGGUUGGGAAUGCCAAAUAUUGGGGGACAAACGACGAGCAGGGGAACGAGUCAAUGGAUAUCAAGUAUGUCCCUCUUUCCAGCAUCCACACUCAAAGACCGUCUGCUCACUACUAUGCAAGUCACCACGGACUAACGCUCGGGAUCGGUGGUAAACUAUUCCUCGCGCCUCUUGAGAAGGAGAAAAUAAAGCGGGUCCUUGAUGUGGGAACGGGAACUGGUCUUUGGGCGAUAGACUUCGCGGACGAAUUCCCGGAGGCUGAAGUAACCGGAACCGACAUCUCCCCUAUUCAACCCAGCUGGAUCCCACCGAACCUAAAGUUCGAAAUCGAGGACUAUACCCGCGAAUGGACCUUCGCCCCGGACACUUUCGACUUCGUUCACCUCCGCUGGCUCCUGGGAAGCGUGCCUGACUGGAACGCCCUCUUCGUAGAGGCAUUCAAGGUGACGAAACCAGGAGGCUGGGUCCAGAGCUAUGAGGCGUCAUGUUACUACAAGAGUGACCACGCAGUGAUUUCAGAGGACUCCGCGCUGGGACAGUGGGGGAAGUUCUAUGAGGAGGGUGGCAAGAAGAUGGGUAACACGUGUCUUAUUCUAGAGCAGGAUCUGCAGAGGAAAGGGAUGGAGGCCGCGGGCUUCGUAGACAUCCAGGAGUUCAAUUACAAGAACCCGAUGGGACCAUGGCCCAAGGACCCACACUUGAAAGAACUUGGGACCUUGAGCCAAGUGGCCCUCGAGUCGGAUAUUGAGGGUUAUAUCUUGUUUAUGGCGAGCACGGUCGGUUGGACGAGGGAGGAGAUACAGGUUUACAUCUCGCACUUCCGAAGAGAGAUCAGGUCGGGCAAGUUUUACCCUUACUUCCCACAAAGGGUCGUGUGGGGUCGGAAGCCAGAAGAAAGCGAGGGCGAUGCCUAA